AGGAAAAAGCGCGCCCACUGCCCGCAACGAAAACCCAGGUCAGGGUGCGCGGGAACAUGCCGUGGACUGUGAAGGAAAGCACUUCUGGGGGUUUCUGAAGCAUCUGAAGAAAUCUCAGCUCAUUUUUUUGCCGGAAGAUGCAGUGAAGAAAAUCACUCGCUCGAAAGAUUUUUGCUCUGUCCCGUCGGCCGGUUUAGUUCGAGUAUGGCAGGUGCAGGAGAUUAUCUUUCCCAAAUUGACAUUUCAAAUGAGGAAAAGGACAAGCUUGUAGCGGAAGCCAUCCGCUAUAUCAUUUUCAAAACUCAUCAAAAUUCAGGAUGCCCGAUCAAAAGGGAAGAGCUUACUCAGCUCGUAACAAAAAAUUAUCGGAAUCGUGGAUUGCCGGCUGUUGUGAUAGAAGAGGCCAAAGAGAAGAUGUCAAGCAUUUUUGGUUACGAGUUGAGGGAACUUCAAAGAACCCGACCUUCAUCUACUAGCCAAGGGCACUCUUCCCAGCAAAACGUUGCAGAUACAAAAUCUUAUGUUCUCAUAAGCAAGCUUCCUGCUGAUAUCUAUAGAAAAUAUGUCGAGGAUGUAAAUACAGCACACGUGACUGGUUUUACUUUUGUUGUAGUUAGUAUUGUACAUCUCGCCGGUGGUAAAAUUCCAGAAGAAAGCCUUUGGCAUCACUUGAGACGAAUGGGGUUGUCUGAAAGUGAUGAAAAGCAUCCAGUCCUUGGAAACAUCAAGCAAGCAGUAGAGUUGCUUGUUCAGAAAAGAUAUCUGCAGAAGGCCAAAAUAAAUGGUCCUGAAGGCAAUAUUACGUUUUACGAGCUUGCUGAAAGAGCUUUAGAUGGGCCAGUUAGUGAAGAGAUUAAAGAAUAUGUAGCACAGAUUGUGAAUAAAAAUGUUGACACAGUUGACUAGCGUCUUAACUCUGACUCCAGCAAAACGGUUGAUUAAGGAUUCUGAAGAAUCUUCUCAGCAGCCAUAAAGAUCUUGACGGACGGCCUCGAGCUUGGCUAACUCAGUUCACACAAGCAUUUCAAAAUCGUAUGUAACUAACAUUUAUGGAUGGUAAUUUUUCUUGUGGGAGAAUAUGUAUGCAUAAUACUUGAAUAGUUUCAAUUGAAUAUUUUGUAGUUGGAUUUAUUGCUUUCUUGGUGGAGAUUCGAACUAUGGCAGUUGGAUUUAUUGCAUUAAA